AUGGGCCCCUAUACCGCCUCCUCAUGCUGCUGCCAGGCCCCUAUUCUGCCAUGGGCCCCCGUACCGACUCCUCAUGCCAUGCUGCCAGGAGGCCCGUAAUCUGUCAUUUGGGCCCCCCUGUACCGCCUCCCAUCAUGCUGCUUGCCAGGUCCAGAGUGUGUCAUGGGUCCCUGUACGGGCCGCUCCCAAUGCUGCUGUCUCCAUCGCCAACACUCUGCCAUGUGCCACUUUCAGGUCUCCUCACACUGCUGGUGGUUUCCAUUUUUGUCAUAGGGUGCUGUAUGGCCUCCCCGUUGCUGCUGCCUCCACCGCCACACACUGUGGCUCCACACUCUGGUUUUGGCCCCGUGACUGCCCAAAUGAGUGAAGUGUGCGUUGAUUUCUAAGAUCGACGGCAACUCAUCUGCAUGUCAUACUGACUGUCAGUAUUAUUUUCUCUUCCCAGCAGACUCCAAGGCAUUUAAAUUAAAGGUACAGUGUUCUGCACUAAUAUAA